UCAUAGAGUCAAUUGGCGUGGAUUCGGUUCACGCAUGUACGUGACUAAUACCCCGUUCAGACGCUUAUUUUUAAACCAGUUCAAAAUCGCCGGGGUUUUUAAGACAGCGUCGUGUUGCGUUCACACGUACUAUAAGUCAAACCUGUUUAACUAUUCUGACCUCUUCGGUCGGAGGUUAGAGUUAACUAUGCAUGCGUACAUACCAUUUCCUGGUAGAAUAUGUAAACAUCCUGUGAAAAAAAAAUCCGCGAAAUUUGUUUCUCUUACUCUCGGAUAGUUUAUACACAUUUCCUAGAAAUGAAUACUAAUGCUUUGAGACAUAGAAUUAAACAGUUUAGACAACGACAGAGUCAACAAAGGUACUUCUUUCUGAUGCUAAUGAUUGUCACUUCUGUGAUAUUCAUGCCAACCAACAGGAGAAUAUAGUCACGGUAUCACAGUGACAAUUGGUGGAAUCACGCAUACAGGUUUGGUUUGAUAUAUUCAUAUAUAUUGUUUUAAAAUUUAUAAUCAUUAUAAUGUAGUCAAAUAUGUACACGGACAAGGUGUAUAAAACAAAUAUUAACCAAGGGGUCAUCAAUUAAAUAUUUAUAGAAAAUAUAACGUCCCCCCCCUCCCAAAAAAAAAAAACAACCUAAAAAAACAAAACAAUCUUCACACAAAUAGGCCUGUGCUAUUAUAUGUGCCAUAUAGACAAUUUUUAAUUUCGAAUAAUAAUAGUUGCAUGCUUAAAAGAGCUAAAUUGUUAAUAUUUGGGAUCUAGAAAUUGACACAAAUGGGUCGCAACACAUAAUUUCUAAUUAGUUAUAUUCGGCGAAAUACUCUAGAUGUCUAAAUCGAAUGGCAAUGUCUAGCAACUGGUUAUUCCAGUCUACACUGAUAGUAUUUAUUGUGCAUGCUCUCCAGAUAAGAAUAUGACUUGUGGGAAUAUGUCUAGCCUCGUUCUUCUAGUCCCUUGUUACAAAUGACACUGAAAUGCAUUACACAAUUCGUGUACCAAUGGUUAAAUGUUUGUUUUGUCUCAAAUAUUGGAUAUCAGAAACCCAUCUUUUCCCCGUUAAGAUCACAAGAUCAAUGUUGAUUGAAAUUGACAAAUACUUUGUGUUUUCAAUGUCGCAGAUUUUGGAUGAUAUUGACUACUUUAAGUUUAAUUAUUUACCUAAUCUAAUUCCUUUACAUUUUAUUUUCAGCUUUUAUGAUGAUAUACAGUAUUUGGAAAACUUCAGAAUGUCAAAAUGUACAUUUGAAUAUCUGUGCAGAAUUUUGAGACCAUUUCUUGAGAAACAAGUAACAAGUAUGAGGGAACCAAUAUCUGUUGAGCGACAGGUUGGCAUAAGUUUAUGGGUUUUAGGGACCAAUGCUGAGUACAGAACUGUGGCUGCAUUAUUUGGGGUUGGCCGGUCAACCGUGUCUUCAAUUAUACACAUAUUUUGUGAGUCCCUGAUUUCGAUCAAGGACAAAUUCAUUAAAUUUCCAUCAGGUGAAGAACUGAAUAGAGUUGUAAAUGGGUAUCGGUCGAAAUGGGGAUUUCCAAAUGCAGGUGGAGCAAUAGAUGGCAGUCAUAUUCCUAUAUUAGGACCGAGCAUGAACCAUGCUGACUUCCAUAACAGAAAAGGGUGGUAUUCCAUCAUUGUUCAAGCAGUUGUGAAUGAUCGUUAUGAAUUCACAGACCUAAAUAUCGGGUGGCCAGGAAGUGUUCAUGAUGCACGAGUCUAUGCAAACUCCAAAAUAUAUGCAAAAGGGCUGUCUGGGACAUUAUUUGCCGGCAAGAUGAUUGAUGUCAAUAAUGUGCGCCUGCCUAUCGUCUUGUUAGGUGAUCCGGCUUAUCCAUUAUCCAACUUUCUAAUGAAGCCAUACACAGACAAUAGACACCUGACCCCAAAACAAAAGACAUUUAAUUAUAAGCUAAGUAGUUCACGCAUGACGGUAGAAAAUUCCUUUGGUCGCCUAAAAGGUCGCUGGCGCUGCUUAUUAAAGCGAUUGGAUAUGAAUGUUGACAAGGUCCUCAAUAUUAUUAUGACCUGUUGCAUACUUCAUAACAUAUGCGAACAAGCAAAAGACCCAUUUAGGGUUGAAUGGCUAGAGGAUGUAGCAAAGGGAGAAAACUAAAUGCCUCAGCCAAAUCAAAGUAACGAAGAGGCAAUCAAUGCAGACUGCACUAACAUUAGAAAUAUCCUGGCUGAAUACUUCCAGGAAUAAUUUAACCUUACAAAACAAAUAAUUAAGAAAGUAAUAAUUGGCCAUACUGUUAC